AUGAUCGGUGGCAGCUCAGUCAACCGGUGAAUUCAUAUAGGCAAACAGCACAGCAGUACUUAAGGAAAACUCCAUACAGCCAAGCAACCAGCCAGCUGAGACUGAACUCUGGAGUCUGAUGUGCUCUCUUCAUGCAACAUGCACAUGUAAGACUGAAAGUUUAGGAAAGAGGAUAUACAGUCCUGUGGGUCCCCAUGCAGAACGUGUAGGUAUGAGAGAACAGUCCUGUGGGUCCCCAUGCAGAACGUGUAGGUAUGAGAGAACAGUCCUGUGGGUCCCCAUGCAGAACGUGUAGGUAUGAGAGAACAGUCCUGUGGGUCCCCAAGCAGAACGUGUAGGUAUGCGAGUUAACAGGGGGUCACUGAAUUCAUAUAAGAAACACUCUGGGGAAACAUUUUGGGAAAAAUCAAUCCAGCACCAAGAGUGUCAACUGCCCUUUCAGGAUAGGUUCACCACAAAUGUAAUAGAACUCCAGCCAGCACCACUGACUGCACCCAGCAGAGAACCCUGCUGAGAUCCCUGCUGAGAUCCCUGCCGUGGGUCUGGACUGAGAUCCCUGCCGUGGGUCUGGACUGAGAUCCCUGCCGUGGGUCUGGACUGAGAUCCCUGCCGUGGGUCUGGACUGAGAUCCCUGCCGUGGGUCUGGACUGAGAUCCCUGCCGUGGGUCUGGACUCUGGAGUCAGUGUGUGUUUUUUUUUUACCAUUGCAACAGGGGGUCACUGUCUCGGAUGUUAUCAGGAUCAGGGACAGACCUUGGGUUUAAUCUUCUAACACGACCACCGGGCUGGAGUCGACAUGCUUCAUUAUACAGAGUAAAGGGAGCUGUCGUUAUCUCUGGAAGUACUGUAUAGGCAUUGGGUGGUAAACAGUGAAUCGGCUUCGUUGUCUCAUGUAAUGAGAUUGUUGAGUAAAAAGCAUGAGCUGAUGCACACCCAAAGAUGUUUGGGGAGGUGCUGACUAACGGAACAGUAAACUGUGUAGAAAGAAAGAAAGAAAGUUGCACACUAUAUUAUUGACAUGGUCCCAACAAUUGAAUGGGUAAAGAGAAAAUAUGUAUUUUGAAAGUACAGUGUAUUGACCACAGCCAUAUGCGGGAGUCUAUUGUAUCAGUUUACUUUCCCUGCCAAAAGGGUGCAAGUAAUAUUAUGCACCAACGCUUCCGUGGCAUGAAAUGUACCCUUUCUCUCCUGUGAAAUUAGCUAAAUGUCAGUUCCACCCUUCUGGUCUCUCCUCCCUCAUACUGUCCUGAAGACACAGAGUCCUGAAGACACAGAGUCCUGAAGACACAGAGUCCUGAAGACACAGAGUCCUGAAGACACAGAGUCCUGAAGACACAGAGUCCUGAAGACACAGGGUCCUGAAGACACAGAGUCCUGAAGACACAGUGUCCUGAAGACACAGAGUCCUGAAGACACAGGGUCCUGAAGACACAGAGUCCUGAAGACACAGAGUCCUGAAGACACAGAGUCCUGAAGACACAUAGUCCUGAAGACACAGAGUCCUGAAGACACAGAGUCCUGAAGACACAGAGUCCUGACGACACAGAGUCCUGACGACACAGAGUCCUGAAGACACAGAGUCCUGACGACACAGAGUCCUGACGACACAGAGUCCUGAAGACACAGAGUCCUGACGACACAGAGUCCUGAAGACACAGAGUCCUGAAGACACAGGGUCCUGAACACACAGAGUCCUGACGACACAGAGUCCUGAAGACACAGAGUCCUGUGUGUGUGUGUGUGUGUGUGUGUGUGUGUGUGUGUGUGUGUGUGUGUGUGUGUGUGUGUGUGUGUGUGUGUGUGUGUGUGUGUGUGUGUGUGUGUGUGUGUGUGUGUGUGUGUGUAUGUGUGUGUGUGUGUGUGUGUGUGUACCUGGGGCAGAUGCAGAGGACUGUGUCCCCUCAGUUUCACUGGGCAUCACGUCCUGAGGUUAAGGAGGAAGUAACCUCACCAAGCUCCCAAAACCACACCAAGCUCCCAAAACCUCACCAAGCUCCCAAAAACCUCACCAAGCUCCCAAAAACCGAAAUAAUGAUAACAUCUUGUCUUUCCCUCGGUGGCUGGCUGGCUGGCUGGCUGGCUGGCUGGCUGGCUGGCUGGCUGGCUGGCUGGCUGGCUGGCUGGCUGGCUGGCUGGCUGGCUGGCUGGCUGGCUGGCUGGCUGGCUGGCUGCUGAGGGUGAAGGGUAUGAGGGGAUUCCCACGCUCAUGACUCUUUCUACACAAGGGUCUUGUGUCCUAAAUGGCACCCUAUUCCCUAUUUAGUGUACUACUAGUAGUGCACUACUUAGGGGAUAGGGUGCCAUUCGGGGAAACAUCCACUGCCUGUCCACAUUACUCUUCUGUUGUUGAUGCCAGGGUGUAACAGCACCCUCAGCUAGUAACCUUUAACCUCUUCUGACUGGCAGACACAGCCCCGUGUUGCACACACACACCUCACCAAUGUCAUCAGCAGGCUCUCUGCUUGACAGACAGACAAAAGGACUCCCCUGGCAUGUGUGGUGUGUGAAAAUGUUAAAUUAAAGGCAAUACUUAUUUUCAUUUUAUACCUCUGAAUAUGAAUAAUAAUAUAAAUCCUCUGAAUUGUAAUAAUACUGUAAAUACUCUGAAUAGUAAUACUAAUAUAAAUCCUCUGAAUUGUAAUAAUACUGUAAAUACUCUGAAUAGUAAUACUAAUAUAAAUCCUCUGAAUUGUAAUAAUACUGUAAAUACUCUGAAUAGUAAUACUAAUAUAAAUCAUCUGAAUUGUAAUAAUACUGUAAAUACUCUGAAUAGUAAUACUAAUAUAAAUCCUCUGAAUUGUAAUAAUACUGUAAAUACUCUGAAUAGUAAUACUAAUAUAAAUCCUCUGAAUUGUAAUAAUACUGUAAAUACUCUGAAUAGUAAUACUAAUAUAAAUCCUCUGAAUUGUAAUAAUACUGUAAAUACUCUGAAUAGUAAUACUAAUAUAAAUCCUCUGAAUUGUAAUAAUACUGUAAAUACUCUGAAUAGUAAUACUAAUAUAAAUACUCUGAAUAAUAAUAAUAAUACACUGAACAAAAAUAUAUACACAAAAAGCUUAUUUCUCUCAAAUGUUGUGCAGAAAUGUGUUAACAUCCCUGUUAGUGAGCAUUUCUCCUUUGCCAAGAUAAUCCAUCCACUUGACACGUGUGGCAUAUCACAAAGCUGAUUAAACAGCACAAUCAUUACACAGGUGCACCUUGUGCUGGGGACAAUAAAAGGCCACUCUAAAAUGUGCAGUUUUGUCACACAACACAAUGUCACAGAUGUCUAAAGUUUUGAGGGAGCGCGCAAUUGGCAUGCUGACUGCAGGAAUGUCCACCAUUAUUUUAUUUUAUUUCUCUACCAUAAGCCGCCUCCAUCUUUGUUUUAGAAAGUUUGGCAGUACGCCCAACCGGCCUCACAACCGCAGACCUCUUGUAGCCACGGCAGCCCAGGACCUCCCCAGACCUCUUGUAGCCACGGCAGCCCAGGACCUCCCCAGACCUCUUGUAGCCACGGCAGCCCAGGACCUCCCCAGACCUCUUGUAGCCACGCCAGCCCAGGACCUCCCCAGACCUCUUGUAGCCACGCCAGCCCAGGACCUCCCCAGACCACGUAGAACCACGCCAGCCCAGGACCUCCCCAGACCACGUAGAACCACGCCAGCCCAGGACCUCCACAGACCACGUAGAACCACGCCAGCCCAGGACCUCCACAGACCACGUAGAACCACGCCAGCCCAGGACCUCCACAGACCACGUAGAACCACGCCAGCCCAGGACCUCCACAGACCACGUUGAACCACACCAGCCCAGGACCUCCCCAGACCACGUAGAACCACGCCAGCCCAGGACCUCCCCAGACCACGUAGAACCACGCCAGCCCAGGACCCUCCCAGACCACGUAGAACCACGCCAGCCCAGGACCUCCCCAGACCACGUAGAACCACGCCAGCCCAGGACCUCCCCAGACCACGUAGAACCACGCCAGCCCAGGACCUCCCCAGACCACGUAGAACCACGCCAGCCCAGGACCUCCCCAGACCACGUAGAACCACGCCAGCCCAGGACCUCCCCAGACCACGUAGAACCACGCCAGCCCAGGACCUCCCCAGACCACGUAGAACCACGCCAGCCCAGGACCUCCCCAGACCACGUAGAACCACGCCAGCCCAGGACCCCCAAACCCCCCCCAGGACCUCCCCGACCACGUAGAACCACGCCAGCCCAGGACCUCCCCAGACCACGUAGAACCCACGCCAGCCCAGGACCUCCACAGACCACGUAGAACCACGCCAGCCCAGGACCUCCCCAGACCACGUAGAACCACGCCAGCCCAGACCUCCCCAGACCACGUAGAACCACGCCAGCCCAGGACCUCCCCAGACCACGUAGAACCACGCCAGCCCAGGACCUCCCCAGACCACGUAGAACCACGCCAGCCCAGGACCUCCCCAGACCACGUAGAACCACGCCAGCCCAGGACCUCCACAGACCACGUAGAACCACGCCAGCCCAGGACCUCCCCAGACCACGUAGAACCACGCCAGCCCAGGACCUCCCCAGACCACGUAGAACCACGCCAGCCCAGGACCUCCACGCCAGCCCAGGACCUCCACGCCAGCCCAGGACCUCCAGAUCCGGCUUCUUCACCUGCGGGAUGGUCUGAGACCAGCCUCCCGGACAGCUGAUGAAACUAAGGAGUAUUUCUGUCUGUAAUGAAGCCCUUUUGUUGGGGAAAAAUGUAAUUCUGAUUGGCUGGGCCUGGCUCCCCAGUGGGUGGACCUGGCUCCCCAGUGGGUGGGCCCCACCCUGGCUCCCCAGUGCCACCCACCCUCCCAGGCCCACCCAUGGCUGCGCCCCUGACCAGUAGAUUAGGGCCUUAUGUAUUUAUUUCAAUUGACUGAUGUCCUUAUAUGAAAUAUAACUAAGUAAAAUCUUUGAAAUUGUUGCAUGUUGCAAAUAUAUUUUUAGUCAGUAUAGAUAACAAUACAUAAAAAAUGUAUUAUUUUAAAUGUAAAGGAAAAGUAGCUUCAACAAGUAUACUUGUUUGAAAUUGAUUUACUAUACUCGUACAAAUGGUAAAAACAGAACUUGAAGUUACUAGGCACAUUUUACUAAAUAAUAUACCAUAGUUACUUAUAUUAUCAUCAUAACAUAUGGAGUUAAACUGUCAUAAUAACAUAUGGAGUUAUACUGUCAUCAUAACAUAUGGAGUUAUACUGUCAUCAUAACAUAUGGAGUUAUACUGUCAUUAUAACAUAUGGAGUUAUACUGUCAUUAUAACAUAUGGAGUUAUACUGUCAUCAUAACAUAUGGAGUUAUACUGUCAUUAUAACAUAUGGAGUUAUACUGUCAUCAUAACAUAUGAAGUUAUACUGUCAUCAUAACAUAUGGAGUUACACUGUCAUCAUACCAUAUGGAGUUAUACUGUCAUCAUAGCAUAUGGAGUUAUACUGUCAUCAUAGCAUAUGGAGUUAUACUGUCAUCAUAACAUAUGGAGUUAUACUGUCAUCAUAACAUAUGGAGUUAUACUGUCAUCAUAGCAUAUGGAAUUAUACUGUCAUCAUAGCAUAUGGAGUUAUACUGUCAUCAUAACAUAUGGAGUUAUAUUGUCAUCAUAGCAUAUGAAGUUAUACUGUCAUCAUAGCAUAUGGAGUUAUACUGUCAUCAUAACAUAUGAAGUUAUACUGUCAUCAUAGCAUAUGAAGUUAUACUGUCAUCAUAGCAUAUGGAGUUAUACUGUCAUCAUAACAUAUGGAGUUAUACUGUCAUCAUAGCAUAUGAAGUUAUACUGUCAUCAUAGCAUAUGGAGUUAUACUGUCAUCAUAACAUAUGGAGUUAUACUGUCAUCAUAGCAUAUGGAGUUAUACUGUCAUCAUAACAUAUGGAGUUAUACUGUCAUCAUAGCAUAUGGAGUUAUACUGUCAUCAUAACAUAUGGAGUUAUACUGUCAUCAUAGCAUAUGGAGUUAUACUGUCAUCAUAGCAUAUGGAGUUAUACUGUCAUCAUAACAUAUGAAGUUAUACUGUCAUCAUAGCAUAUGGAGUUAUACUGUCAUCAUAGCAUAUGGAGUUAUACUGUCAUCAUAACAUAUGGAGUUAUACUGUCAUCAUGACGUAUGGAGUUAUACUGUCAUCAUAGCAUAUGAAGUUAUACUGUCAUCAUAGCAUAUGAAGUUAUACUGUCAUCAUAGCAUAUGGAGUUAUACUGUCAUCAUAACAUAUGGAGUUAUACUGUCAUCAUAGCAUAUGAAGUUAUACUGUCAUCAUAGCAUAUGGAGUUAUACUGUCAUCAUAACAUAUGGAGUUAUACUGUCAUCAUAGCAUAUGGAGUUAUACUGUCAUCAUAACAUAUGGAGUUAUACUGUCAUCAUAGCAUAUGGAGUUAUACUGUCAUCAUAACAUAUGGAGUUAUACUGUCAUCAUAGCAUAUGGAGUUAUACUGUCAUCAUAGCAUAUGGAGUUAUACUGUCAUCAUAACAUAUGAAGUUAUACUGUCAUCAUAGCAUAUGGAGUUAUACUGUCAUCAUAGCAUAUGGAGUUAUACUGUCAUCAUAACAUAUGGAGUUAUACUGUCAUCAUGACGUAUGGAGUUAUACUGUCAUCAUAACAUAUGGAAGUUACACUGUCCUCAUAGCAUAUGGAGUUAUACUGUCAUCAUGACGUAUGGAGUUAUACUGUCAUCAUAACAUAUGGAGUUAUACUGUCCAUCAUAACAUAUGGAGUUAUACUGUCAUCAUAACAUAUGGAGUUUAUACUGUCAUCAUAACGUAUGGAGUUAUACUGUCAUCAUAGCAUAUGGAGUUAUACUGUCAUCAUAACAUAUGGAGUUAUACUGUCAUCAUAGCAUAUGGAGUUAUACUGUCAUCAUAGCAUAUGAGUUAUACUGUCAUCAUAACAUAUGAAGUUAUACUGUCAUCAUAACAUAUGGAGUUAUAACUGUCAUCAUAGCAUAUGGAGUUAUACUGUCAUCAUAGCAUAUGGAGUUAUACUGUCAUCAUAGCAUAUGGAAGUUAUACUGUCAUCAUAGCAUAUGGAGUUAUACUGUCAUCAUAGCAUAUGGGAGUAUACUGUCAUCAUAGCAUAUGGAGUUAUACUGUCAUCAUAACAUAUGGAGUUAUACUGUCAUCAUGACGUAUGGAGUUAUACUGUCCAUCAUAACAUAUGAAGUUACACUGUUCAUCAUAGAUAUGGAUUAUACUGUCAUCAUGACGUAUGGAGUUAUACUGUCAUCAUAAACAUAUGGAGUUAUACUGUCAUCAUAACAUUGGAUUAUACUGUCAUCAUAACAUAUGGAGUUAUACUGUCAUCAUAACGUAUGGAGUUAUACUGUCAUCAUAGCAUAUGGAGUUAUACUGUCAUCAUAACAUAUGGAGUUAUACUGUCAUCAUAGCAUAUGGAGUUAUACUGUCAUCAUAGCAUAUGGAGUUAUAACUGUCAUCAUAACAUAUGAAGUUAUACUGUCAUCAUAACAUAUGGAGUUAUACUGUCAUCAUAGCAUAUGGAGUUAUACUGUCAUCAUAGCAUAUGGAGUUAUAUGUCAUCAUAGCAUAUGAAGUUAUACUGUCAUCAUAUGCAUAUGGAGUUAUACUGUCAUCAUAGCAUAUGGAGUUAUACUGUCAUCAUAACGUAUGGAGUUAUACUGUCAUCAUAACAUAUGGAGUUAUACUGUCAUCAUAACAUAUGGAGUUAUACUGUCAUCAUAGCAUAUGGAGUUAUACUGUCAUCAUAGCAUAUGGAGUUUAUACUGUCAUCAUAGCAUAUGGAGUUAUACUGUCAUCAUAACAUAUGGAGUUAUACUGUCAUCAUAGCAUAUGGAGUUAUACUGUCAUCAUAACAUAUGGAGUUAUACUGUCAUCAUAGCAUAUGGAGUUAUACUGUCAUCAUAGCAUAUGGAGUUAUACUGUCAUCAUAACAUAUGAAGUUAUACUGUCAUCAUAGCAUAUGGAGUUAUACUGUCAUCAUAGCAUAUGGAGUUAUAACUGUCAUCAUAACAUAUGGAGUUAUACUGUCAUCAUGACGUAUGGAGUUAUACUGUCAUCAUAGCAUAUGAAGUUAUACUGUCAUCAUAGCAUAUGAAGUUAUACUGUCAUCAUAGCAUAUGGAGUUAUACUGUCAUCAUAACAUAUGGAGUUAUACUGUCAUCAUAGCAUAUGAAGUUAUACUGUCAUCAUAGCAUAUGGAGUUAUACUGUCAUCAUAACAUAUGGAGUUAUACUGUCAUCAUAGCAUAUGGAGUUAUACUGUCAUCAUAACAUAUGGAGUUAUACUGUCAUCAUAGCAUAUGGAGUUAUACUGUCAUCAUAACAUAUGGAGUUAUACUGUCAUCAUAGCAUAUGGAGUUAUACUGUCAUCAUAGCAUAUGGAGUUAUACUGUCAUCAUAACAUAUGAAGUUAUACUGUCAUCAUAGCAUAUGGAGUUAUACUGUCAUCAUAGCAUAUGGAGUUAUACUGUCAUCAUAACAUAUGGAGUUAUACUGUCAUCAUGACGUAUGGAGUUAUACUGUCAUCAUAACAUAUGAAGUUACACUGUCAUCAUAGCAUAUGGAGUUAUACUGUCAUCAUGACGUAUGGAGUUAUACUGUCAUCAUAACAUAUGGAGUUAUACUGUCAUCAUAACAUAUGGAGUUAUACUGUCAUCAUAACAUAUGGAGUUAUACUGUCAUCAUAACGUAUGGAGUUAUACUGUCAUCAUAGCAUAUGGAGUUAUACUGUCAUCAUAACAUAUGGAGUUAUACUGUCAUCAUAGCAUAUGGAGUUAUACUGUCAUCAUAGCAUAUGGAGUUAUACUGUCAUCAUAACAUAUGAAGUUAUACUGUCAUCAUAACAUAUGGAGUUAUACUGUCAUCAUAGCAUAUGGAGUUAUACUGUCAUCAUAGCAUAUGGAGUUAUACUGUCAUCAUAGCAUAUGAAGUUAUACUGUCAUCAUAGCAUAUGGAGUUAUACUGUCAUCAUAGCAUAUGGAGUUAUACUGUCAUCAUAACGUAUGGAGUUAUACUGUCAUCAUAACAUAUGGAGUUAUACUGUCAUCAUAACAUAUGGAGUUAUACUGUCAUCAUAACAUAUGGAGUUAUACUGUCAUCAUAGCAUAUGGAGUUAUACUGUCAUCAUAGCAUAUGAGUUUAUACUGUCAUCAUAGCAUAUGGAGUUAUACUGUCAUCAUAACAUAUGGAGUUAUACUGUCAUCAUAGCAUAUGGAGUUAUACUGUCAUCAUAACAUAUGGAGUUAUACUGUCAUCAUGACGUAUGGAGUUAUACUGUCAUCAUAGCAUAUGGAGUUAUACUGUCAUCAUAACAUAUGGAGUUAUACUGUCAUCAUAGCAUAUGGAGUUAUACUGUCAUCAUAGCAUAUGGAGUUAUACUGUCAUCAUGACGUAUGGAGUUAUACUGUCAUCAUGACGUAUGGAGUUAUACUGUCAUCAUGACGUAUGGAGUUAUACUGUCAUCAUGACGUAUGGAGUUAUACUGUCAUCAUGACGUAUGGAGUUAUACUGUCAUCAUAGCAUAUGGAGUUAUACUGUCAUCAUGACGUAUGGAGUUAUACUGUCAUCAUGACGUAUGGAGUUAUACUGUCAUCAUGACGUAUGGAGUUAUACUGUCAUCAUGACGUAUGGAGUUAUACUGUCAUCAUAGCAUAUGGAGUUAUACUGUCAUCAUAACAUAUGGAGUUACACUGUCAUCAUGACGUAUGGAGUUAUACUGUCAUCAUGACGUAUGGAGUUAUACUGUCAUCAUAGCAUAUGGAGUUAUACUGUCAUCAUAGCAUAUGGAGUUAUACUGUCAUCAUAGCAUAUGGAGUUAUACUGUCAUCAUAGCAUAUGGAGUUAUACUGUCAUCAUGACGUAUGGAGUUAUACUGUCAUCAUAGCAUAUGGAGUUAUACUGUCAUCAUAACAUAUGGAGUUAUACUGUCAUCAUAACAUAUGGAGUUAUACUGUCAUCAUGACUAUGGAGUUAUAACUGUCAUCAUAACAUAUGAGUUAUACUGUCAUCAUAACAUAUGGAGUUAUACUGUCAUCAUGACGUAUGGAGUUAUACUGUCAUCAUGACGUAUGGAGUUAUACCUGUCAUCAUAACAUAUGGAGUUAUACUGUCAUCAUAACAUAUGGAGUUAUACGGUCAUCAUGACGUAUGGAGGUUAUAUACUGUCAUCAUAAACAUAUGAAGUUAUACUGUCAUCAUAACAUAUGGAGUUAUACUGUCAUCAUGACGUAUGAGUUAUACUGUCAUCAUGACGUAUGGAGUUAUACUGUCAUCAUAACAUAUGGAGUUAUACUGUCAUCAUAACAUAUGGAGUUAUACUGUCAUCAUAACAUAUGGAGUUAUACUGUCAUCAUAACAUAUGGAGUUAUACUGUCAUCAUAACAUAUGGAGUUAUACUGUCAUCUAACAUAUGGAGGUUUACUGUCAUCAUAACAUAUGGAGUUAUACUGUCAUCAUAACAUAUGGAGUUAUACUGUCAUCAUAGCAUAUGGAGUUUAUACGUCAUCAUCACAUAUGAGUUAUACUGUCAAUCAUAACUAUGGAGUUAUACUGUCAUCAAACAUAUGGAGUUUAUACUGUCAUCAUAACAUAUGGAGUUUAUACUGUCAUCAUAACAUAUGGAGUUAUACUGUCAUCAUAACAUAUGGAGUUAUACUGUCAUCAUAACAUAUGGAGUUAUACUGUCAUCAUAACAUAUGGAGUUAUACUGUCAUCAUAACAUAUGGAGUUAUACUGUCAUCAUAGCAUAUGGAGUUAUACUGUCAUCAUAACAUAUGGAGUUAUACUGUCAUCAUGACGAUGCAGAGUGGAUCAGUGGGACUGGGACUUCAUUAGCAUCAGAACAACAUGAAGACACUGCUGCUGCUGCUGCUAUGGUAACCAGUUACAAUGAAACACCUGAAUUAGACUGACGAUUGAGUGGAGCAGUAAAGUAAGACACAGAAAACUUCUUCCUGAAAACCAGAGGAAAACAUCACAGCGAUAACACUGUAAACACAGAGCAUUGGUAUAGUGAUGGAAUGGGUGUGUGUUCUGGUGCUGCCAACAUUUAGAGCCAUUUGUUGGGUAAUGACCUGCAAACAGCUGUGUAGCUGUAGGGAUUAGGUCAUAUCAGUGAGUUUUCUAUCAGUGUCUCUGGGGAUACACUGGAUACACUGGAUGACAACGAAUGAUUUCCCAUUACACAUGUAAUGUCCCCAUUUCCCCAUGACUAGUGACACCCUAUAGGACUGUGUGCAGGCAUAAUAUCCAUUUCGAUGCUGGCUGACAAGCAAUUACUUCCCAUUAAAAUGUUAAUGUUAUUCCCAUGUCUUUAUUCCCAUCUCUGUAUUCCCAUCUCUGUAUUCCCAUGUCCAGGCCUGUGUGUGUAAAUCUGGUGUUUGUUUAUGUACCUUUGUGUUAACAGGGAGUCCCGUUGAGACCAAGGUAUCUUUUGUAAGGGAGCCCUGCAUCUUACAAUUACACAAUAAAUUACACAUUGGGGCGGCAGGUAGCUUAGUGGUUAAGAGCGUUGUGCCAGUAAUCGAAAGGUCGCUUGUUCUAAUCCCCGAGCCGACUAGGUGAAAAAUCUGCCGAUGUGCCCUUGAGCAACGCAAGGCACUUAACCCUAAUUGCUCCUGUAAGUCACUCUGGCUAAGAGCGUCUGCUAAAUGACUAAAAUGUAAAAAUGUAAUACAGCAGAAUAUAAAAAUACAAAGAUAAUACAAAAAUGGUGUGUACUAAUUGAUCAGGGAUGCUGAUUGGCUCCUUUAAUAAUAUGAAGGUUUGGAAACCCUAUUGAUCUGCAGAAAUAUGCCAUUUGUGAUUCAUAUGAACACAACAGCAAUUGGAUCAGGUAGGCAGGCCCUAACUAUGGUCUGCCUAUCAAUUUAAGAAUUGAAUAUGUGCAGAACUCUGAAGGCAGAGGAGCACGGCGGUGCUGUGGCGGCACAGAGCUGUCCUCUCAACACCAUGCUAUAUGAAUGUCCCUCAACGCUGUGGCCCUACUACCCACAUGGUCAGAAUAUAUGAGAAGUAGAGCGUUUGGUGUAGCGGUAUGGAGCUGUCCUUUCAGCACCCAGCACUGCUGAAGCCAUGUGGUCGGUAGCUGUGCUGGGAAAAGGAGGGAGCUGUCCUUUCAGCACCAAGCACUGCUGAAGCCAUGUGGUCGGUAGCUGUGCUGGGAAAAGGAGGGAGCUGUCCUUUCAGCACCAAGCACUGCUGAAGCCAUGUGGUCGGUAGCUGUGCUGGGAAAAGGAGGGAGCUGUCCUUUCAGCACCAAGCACUGCUGAACCAUGUGGUCGUUAGCUGUGCUGGGAAAAGGAGGGGAGCUGUUCUUUCCGCACCAAGCACUGCUGAAGCCAUGUGUUCGGUAGCUGUGCUGGGAAAGGAGGGAGCUGUCCUUUCAGCACCAAGCACUGCUGAAGCAUGUGGUCGGUAGCUGUUGCUGGGAAAAGGAGGGAGCUUCCUUUCAGCACCAAGCACUGCUGAAGCAUGUGGGUCGGUAGCUGUGCUGGGAAUAGGAGGGAGCUGUCCUUUCAGCACCAAGCACUGCUGAGCAUGUGGUCGGUAGCUGUGGCUGGGGAAAGGAGGGAGCUGUCCUUUCAGCACCCAGCACUGCUGAAGCCAUGUGUCGGUAGCUGUGCUGGGAAAAGGAGGGAGCUGUCCUUUCAGCACCAAGCACUGCUGAAGCCAUGUGGUCGGUAG